UAUGCGAUCAGCUGUAGAAGGUUCACAUACAUAAAGGUCUAACGGAAUGAACCAAAUUUAUGUGCAGUUCAAAAACUUCUCGUUCUUAUAUUAAUUAUCAUGGGGAAGAAUAAACAAGCGCAACGAACAAAAAAUAAUGUGAGGCCAUCUAACAGUAGCCGAAGUGCAGAGCUCCUUGGUACAUCUGUGCCAAAUUUUGUUGGUUUCUCAGCUGUAAAGGAUGGAGGAUAUGUACCUGUAUUACCAGGCUUAUCCCUUUGUAGCACAAAUGAGGUUGAAUUGAGUAAUGUUGAUACAAAUUUUCAAAUAGUAUUAAAGAAAAUGAAUAAAAAGGAUGCUACAACAAAGUGCAAGGCUUUGCAAGAGUUUGCUACAAUGUGUAAAGAAUCAGAAUUAUCAGCUGUUGAAGGAAUGUUACCAUUUUGGCCACGGUUGUAUUGUGCCUUAGCUAUAGAUGUGGAGCACAGAGUAAGAGAAGCUGCACAAUUAGCUCAUGCAGCUGUUGCAAAACGUGUAGGAAAAGGCAUAGCAAUGUAUUUGAAACAAGUAGCAGGAGCUUGGUUUACUUCACAACAUGACACAUACCCCCCUGCAGCAUCAGCUGCUACUUAUUCAUUUAAUGACACCUUUCCAUCAAAAAAAGUUAUCGAUGCCAUUGUGCAUUGCCAAAGUGAGAUCUUAACAUAUAUUUGUGAUAACAUCACUGUACAAACUGCACAAUCUUUAUCUAUACAAAAGAAUCUUAGCGCAGAAGAAAUGGAAACAAAAUAUCAAAGGGUGCUGAUAGCAAGUUUGCAGGGAUACAGUGUCUUCUUAAGGAAAGUUCCUAUUAACGAAAUUGAAAAAAUGAUUGAUAUUCAUAGGAAAAUUAUAAGUAACAACAAAUUUUGGAAGUUAGUUAAGUAUGAUGCUCUUCCAGUCAAAACAGCAUUCUUUAAUGUAUUAACAUCAAUAAUUGAGAACGCAGAUAUAUUGUUGCAAGAUGAAAAGAAAAAAGCUGUAACAACUAUUAUGAACAAUCUUGAUGAAACAGAACCUGCACUGUUAGCUGCUGUAUGGGAAUGUAUGCUUGUCACUAUAAAUAAAAUACAGGACUGGUAUUGUCUAGUAAGUGUGGAGAAACUAGUAUUACCAAAACUGUGGCGUGUUUUAAGAAGUGGAGGGCAAUGUUGUGCCAGUAUAGUAUAUCCAAAUUUAUUACCAUUUAUUAGUCAAUUUCCGAAAUUGAAUAUGGAUUUUUAUAAUUUAUACACGAAUUUCUUCAGUAACAUGCGGCAAGGAUUUUCAGUAAAAAGCGUACAAACAAGUCGUUCAGAAAUAACUGCGAUCAUGACAUCGUUUAUUGAAUGUUUACGUUAUUCUAUUCUUCUAAAUGUUAAUAAUCAAGAUUUGAGCAAUGCACUUCUCAAAGAACAGCUCAUACCAGUUUUAGAGAUGUGUUUAAAAGAAAAUAGUCCUAUAAAAUCAGUCUUCUUCUCUAAAAUUACUCACUUAGUGCGAUAUUGGAGUAAAAACCGGCACAAUGAUGAUUACAAAUCCUAUUCUAUGUUGAUGCAAGAAUUUUGGAGUGAACUUGAUAAACUAUUCAAUUCGCUCAUAAGUGCAUGUCAGCAUUCUGAAACGUUCAAUAUUAUAGACACAAACAAUGCUCAAAUUGAAUUUUUAAUUACACUGAAAACUGCACCUGUGCAUGUCCGUAAAAAUUUGAAAGUAAAAUUCUGUAGUUCUGAUGAGGAUGGACCAACUCAGCCUCAAACCGAAAUUAUCAACACUGAAAAUGUUGAUGCUGAAUUUUUUGCCGAGCUCAAUAAUUUCGUCAAUUCCCUAUGCAUAAAAUACUUAAAUCAAAUCACUAAACAGUCUGAGAAAAAAUACAUCAUAUAUUUGAAUAAAUUAAUAAUAUGCUUUGAAAGCGAGGAUCUUUUUAAAAAUUUGUCAGAGUCUCUCAAAACGCAAGUAAACUUCUUCGAUUUUUAUGAUCAGACUUUGCGAAACUGGUUAGUAGAACCGUCGAAAGAAACUGAACAUAUAGUAGAAUUGAUAUUUAAUUUUAUGAAAUAUAUGAAUGAUUCAGAGAAAAACGACAUUCUGAAGUCAUUGACACAGUUUGAAGAUAUUACAACAUCCAGAAGCAUCAUACAAUGUGCGCUUUCCAAAAAGCAUAGAAACGAUGCAGUAAUAAAGAAAUGGUGUUCUCAAUCAAAAAUAACUAGUUUAUUAAUAGAUGUGGCAAAAGAAAUUGCUUCGGGCAAUUAUUCUGAUUUAGAGCAAAAUCAAAAACUUAUUUUGUUAGCCUUUGAAUCUUCUGAUGAUGGCAAUUUAUUGAUAAAGGAAGGUGGACUUAAUGAAAUUAUAUUUAUAUUAUGCAAUUCACUUCAUAACAUAAACGAAGAAUGUUUAUUAGAUUUUGCAAAAUUAAUAUCUUGUAUUGUUCCGCUAACGUGGGUUCAUAAGCAAUCGAUACCUGGUGCUAUGCAAAUAUUGGAAACACUUUUCGAAUUGCUUUCACAAAACUAUUUCAGUAAUAACUCUAGCUUUAUUGAUACAAUGAGAGAAGUAUGGAAGCAAGGGCUCUUUGAAGCCAUUCAAAAACUUUCAAGUAACGAAUUUAUUGAUUUGACCAAGAAAUUUGCAACUUAUAUGUGGAGAAAAAUAUAUGACUCGAACGAGGAACACAUUAAGGAAGUGAUAGUGGAUAUAGCAGUCGAUUUUGUUGAAAUUGUGAUUAAUAAUAAAAUUUAUGAGAAUGAUGAACAGGCGAAAGAAAUUAUUUUAACGUUCUUAAUAGAUGACGAUAUAAUAACACGGAUGACCGAAGUAACUGGCAUAAUUGUAUAUGGUGAUGUAUUAUGUGGUAAAUUAUAUGUAUCGUCUCUCGAUCAAAAGAUACAAAUUCAUCAAGAGAGUAUGUCGAUCGAAUUAACAAGUGGUACUGUAAUUGACAAUACUGAGAACUGUUUAAAGUGGGCAUUAUUUAAUAUAAAUUUACUAAGUAAUCUCUGCUUAAUAUCAAUUAAGAAAGACAAAGAAAAGGAAGCUGACUAUGAAAAAGUAUUAAUACACUACGUGAAUUUACCGGGAGUUACAAAUUUAUUGAUGAACAUUUUAUAUUCAAUUAUCUUGGGACAAAUUUAUUCCUCUCAUUACAAAUCCACAAAACAUUACAAUAAUGUGAACAAAGUUUUGACAACCGUACAAGAUAGUUUUAAGCAAUUACAAACGUAUAUUAAUGAAGAUACAGUUACUGAUAUUAUGAAUCAUAUUAGACAGAAUUGUUCAAACUACGGAUGUAUGUUAUCGUAUAUAUUAUGUUUUUGUUGCAAUGAGUUACACUUGGAGAAAGAACCUAAAGAAUUGUUUGAAGAUUAUAAUGUUAAUGAUAUAUUUGCUAAAAACACUGAAACGACAUUACAAGGGUUACAGGUUUUGUCAAAAUUUCAAUGUCCUGAAGACAUAUUGGUAUCAAGAGAUGACGACGUGUAUGAUUUAAUCGCAGCAAGAAAUGUCUUUAUCACUCAAGAAGAUAAUUCGAACUAUUUAACCAUUUUAGAAAAAGUAAUAUCUUACCGAAAAGAAAACCCUUCAUUAUUACUUCUCGAUUGCGAUAUUUCACAUGUUUCAUGGGAAAAGUUAAGUUUACCAUUAGAACUGAUAAGAUUAUUGACAGUACUCAUUAAAAAAGUACCUUCCAAAUUAACUUAUGAACAUUGGAACUUUACUCUGAUUUCAUUAGUUAUGUGGCAACUUACGGUCACUAAAUCAAAACGGAAUGCCGACGACUUUAAGGUAUCUGCAUUGACAGUGGCAGUUUGUCAGCUUUAUCGUGCAUUUCAGACUUUAAUUAACAAACACGAACAAGAAGACAAAACAGAUUUGCCACCAACAUUAUUGAACGAAUGGAAACAUGUUUUCGCUUCUGAUAUACAAAGCGGAAUCAUUCAAUUUUGGAUACAUUAUACGGAUUUGUACAACGAGAAAACAGUUUUGAAACAUGUUGUACUGUUAGAUCAGUUAGGGAGAGCCGUAAAAAUGUUAAACGGAGACGUAAUUUUCAAAAAUCAAUCAAGUAUAUCGUUAAAGGACUCCGUUAAGUUGUCAUUAAAAUUAAUUCAAUCUCCUGUAGCCAGUAUACAGUUGGGCGCUUAUCAUGUAUUAAAACAUGCGGUGCCUGAACUUGUUCGUCAAGACAAAGUUAUCGUAGAAACCGAAAACUUCGAUCCACAUACAUUGAACAUUAGGAAAAUGGAAGAUGUACUUCAAAGCACUCAGAAUAUCGUGAAUACAAUUUUGAUGGACUUCAAAUUAUGUGACACAGUCAGCUGUACCAUUCAACCAUACACAGACUCAUAUACAUAUACCGUAGGAUACUUGUUAACUUGGGCUGUUAUCCUGGAAAUGUGUUCAAAUGCUCAUGGAGACUUACUUUACCAAUAUGCUGAAAUACUCAAGGACAACUUUUUCCCCAGUUUGUUAAAUAAUAUAUUCAGACUGAUGCCGGUGGAGGUACUUCAAGAUAAUAAGAACAAGGGUGCAAAACUAGUAGAAAUAUUUUCUACCGAACCAUCUCUUGAUUUUGGAGAAAGUUGGACCGAAUUGAGGUUAGAUCACAUAGUGUGCUGGCUGUACACAAACAGUUUAAGAUAUUUGCCAGUGUUGGUAAGGCAAUGGUGGAGUACCGCUGACAGCAGAGUUAGUGUUGCAGUAGACAAAAUCACAACCCAUUAUGUUAGCCCCAUGCUUUGUGAAGAAGAACUGCUCAACAAUAAAUUGCAAAGCAUUGAGAAUAUGCAAGUAAAGGUUCAUCCGACGUUUCGCGAGGUUGUUGCUUUGUACCAGAUGGAUGAUACUAAGUUGGAACUUAAUAUUGUUCUACCGUCGAAUCAUCCACUGGGACCAGUCACGGUUGAACCUGGCCAACACGCUGGUGGUACUGCAAAUUGGCGAAAUUGUCACAUGCAGUUGUCCAUAUUCCUCACUCAUCAAAAUGGAUCUGUGUGGGAUGGGCUAGUAUUAUGGAAAAAGAACUUGGACAAGAAAUUCGCUGGCGUGGAAGAAUGUUACAUUUGUUUCAGUAUUUUUCAUAUCAACACGUACCAAAUACCGAAAUUAUCUUGUCACACGUGCAGGAAAAAGUUCCAUACUGCGUGUUUGUAUAAAUGGUUUAGCACAAGUCAGAAGUCCACAUGUCCCAUAUGCAGAAACAUAUUCUAAGCCAACAUCUUCAUAGACAAAAUUUGUAUCCCUGUUAAAGAACGGUGUACAUAAUGAAUUUAAUCGUACAGUGCAUAAGUUAUGUAUUGGAUAUUAUACAGAAUAUUAAUAAAUUUGAAUUUACAGAAUUAUGAUUAAUAAAAUGAGAUCAUUUCUGAUA